CCACACACAUACACACACACACACGUAUUAGGAGGAAGUGCCCUGUCAGGGAAACUGUUAAAGUUUCACUUGAAAGAAAAAAAAUGUAUCCUUCCUGUUAGUGAAAAGAUUCCCAAGUGAAAAGGAAUUUGUCUGUGAAGCAACGUUGGGAGUCAAACAAGAAAAGCUUUGCUAAGUAAUCUGAGAUGGCUACAGAAGAGGAUAAGGUCAAAGUAAUGUCUCCCAUGGAAGAUGGCCGGUGGAUCUUUUCCUCAAGCUCACUACCGUCAGACCCUCGUCUCAUGGCAACAUUAGCUAAUGGAUAUCUGGGUACUCGAGUUUAUGGAGAUGUUUUUCAUGUGAAUGGUGUUUACAAUGGAGCUGGAGGCAACUGCCACAGAGCUGAAAUCCCUAGCCCAUGCUUCAAGCUGGUUGCAGCUAAAGAAAUACUUCUAACUGAGAACUUUGCACUAAACAUCAAAAGAGGUACAUUUAUCCACACGCUGCAGUGUCCGUCAUUUACUGCAACCCAUCAGACCUUUGCUCAUCGCAGUUACUGUCACCUCUUGGUAAACAUUGUGACUUUAACAUCAACACAAGGAACCCAUCCAGUCAGUGUGGACCUUCAAAGCAAGUUCAAGAUAGAAAGUCCAGAUCUGAAUUUGCAGGAAGGGCCAGACUUUAGGGAAUUUAAGUAUAUCUUUGGAAGUACUCUGGAGUCAGAAACAGAGUCAUGUCCUGUUAAGUCUAUCCAUAUGAUAUGGACUCCUGUCCCUCCAUACCUGGAGCUCACAAGUAGUAAGGAGAAGACUUGGGUAUUCCUCGCAGCAGUGUGUGAAACUGAAAAAGAUGUGAAAGAAAAAUUUGCUGAAGGCCUCACAUUAAUUGCUGAAAAUGAGCUGUGUUCCUCUCAUGAAAGAGCUUGGGCAGAGUUCUGGGCACAAAGUUCUAUAGAGAUGGAUAGUUCUUUGUCCAUGAUACAAUCAGUGAAUGGCUGUCUUUAUUAUCUACUUUCUUCCCUUCCACAACUGGGGUAUUCUGGUGAAUUUUAUGGAAUAAGCCCUGGUGGCCUUUCCAAUGGCCGCAGCAAAGAAGACUAUUGGGGACAUGUAUUCUGGGAUCAGGAUAUCUGGGUGUAUCCAAACAUCCUACUGUUCUAUCCAGAGAUGGCUAAGCACAUUCUCAAAUACAGGAUAAGGACCCUCAAGGGAGCGCUGCAAAAUGCCCAGAAACAAGGCUACAAGGGUGCUAAGUUUCCCUGGGAAAGUGCUUUAACUGGCUGUGAAGUCUGCCCUGACAACAUUUAUGGAGACCAGGAAAUUCACAUUAACGGAGAUGUUCUAUUAGCAUUCCAACAAUAUUAUUAUUUGACUAAGGACUUGGACUUCUUUGCUUCUGAGGGAGGAUGGGAAGUAGUGAGCUCAGUUGCUGAAUACUGGUGUAGCAGAGUGGUAUGGAGCAAAGAAGAGCAGAACUAUCAUCUGAAUGGUGUGAUGCCCCCCGAUGAGUAUCACUGGGAUGUUAACAACUCAGCAUACACCAAUGCUUUGGUCCAGACAAGCUUAAAUUUUGCCAUAGACCUGGCUGUUUCUCUGGAGCAUCACAUCCCUGACUCAUGGAAAGAUGUAGCCAGCAAGAUCAAAGUGCCUUUUGACCCGAAGAUAAAUUACCAUCCAGAAUUUGAUGGAUAUGAAAUAUGGCUAAAAGUGAAGCAGGCAGAUGUAGUCUUGAUGGGCUAUCCUAUGAUGUUUCCCAUGACCAUUGAGCAACGCAUGAAUGACCUACAAAUGUAUGAGUCCCGUACAGAUCCUGAUGGUCCUGCAAUGACCUGGAGCAUGUUUGCUAUUGGCUGGAUGGAACUGAAGAAGAUUCAGGUGGCACAGCAGCAACUGAAGAAGUGCUUUGCAAACGUCACUGAGCCAUUUAAGAUUUGGACUGAGAAUGCAGAUGGAUCUGGAGCGGUGAAUUUUCUCACAGGGAUGGGUGGAUUUCUUCAGGCCAUACUGUUUGGCUACACUGGACUAAGAAUUGCUAAAGCCCAUUUGAGCUUUGACCCAAUAUUACCUGAUGACAUCCCCAGACUGCACAUCACUGGAGUUUUCUAUCUUGGCAACAAAUUGAAUUUCACCCUCAGCAGUAAUAUUAUCACAAUAGAAGUCACAUCAGUACUUAAAGGACAGAAUUGCACACUAGAGAUUUAUUUUAGUCAACUUGAACCAAGUUUGCCUUUAUACAUAGGUAGACCUGUGUCAUUCCCAACAAGAGCCGGGCAAGUUCAGUUAAAACAAUCCCAGGAGUGAACUCUAUAUAAUGACUUUGUAUCGCUUUGUAUGACUGUAUAAUUAUCGGUGCUGACAUUAUGCCUGCCAAAGAACAAGUUGGACAAAAUUUUGUAUAAAUGAACAAAUAAAUUAAUCUAAAUCUCAA